ACCUCCUUCUUUCGUGACUUCGGCGGUAACUCUGGUCACUUGCUCAAAGACGUCUUCUUCAUCGCCGACUUCAACAUCAAGACCGCAUCUCACGAGACUCGGUGUCGCCCACAGCAUUUGCUUGACAUCGACUGGCGGCAGGGAUUCUUUUACCACUUUAGGAAGCUACGACCAAAAAGUGUGAAAACACAAACAAUUUCAACAACAUGUCUACCAAUGGAGAAACCUCUCGUGGUCGUCUGGCAGGCAAGAACGCCAUCAUCACCGGAGCCGCUGGUGGCAUCGGUCUGGAGACCACAAUCCUGUUCCUUCGCGAGGGAGCCAACGUGUUGAUGACCGACAUCUCCGAGCCAGCUUUGGAGAAGGCAAUCGCGAAAGCAAAGUCACUGGCGCCAAAUGCCGUGGGCAAAGUCGAGACGACCAAGGUAGAUGUCUCCAAAGAGUCCGACGUGCAAGCUGCGAUUGAGAAGCUCGAUGCUUGGGGCGGUCUUGACAUCAUCUUCAACAACGCAGGAAUCAUGCACGGCGACGAUGCUGACGCCGUCGACACACCCGAGAAGAUCUGGGAUCUCACCCACAACAUCAACGUCAAAGGUGUCUGGUUCGGCAGCAAGCACGCCGUGCUCGCCCUCCGCAAGCACAAGAAGACCCGCGGCAGCAUUAUCAACACCGCCUCUGUCGUCGCACUGGUCGGUUCUGCCACUCCACAGCUCGCCUAUACCGCCUCAAAGGGUGCCGUGCUAGCGAUGACACGGGAAUUGGCCAUCGUCCACGCCCGCGAGGGAUUCCGUUUCAAUGCGCUCUGCCCGGCUCCGCUCAACACUCCCCUUCUCCAGGACUGGCUGGGUGACGACCAGGCGAAGCGUCACCGUCGUGAGGUGCACUUUCCAUCGGGACGAUUCGGUGAGGCGAUCGAGCAGGCUCAGGCGGUGCUGUUCUUGGCGAGCGAUGAGAGCAGCUUUGUCAAUGGCACCGACUUUGUUGUUGAUGGGGGCAUGACCAAGGCGUAUGUUACGCCUGAGGGUCCUGCCACGGAGGCGCCGAAGAACUUCGCUAGGUGAAGAAUGUGGCUCGAUUACGAUUGAUGAUCAUCAACUCGGGUAGGAGCUUUGCUUCCGCGAAGGAGUAUCAUAGACUAGCAUACAGGCGUUCAGAGGGAUCCUACGACCUCAAGCGGGCAGCAUGAGAAACUUGCUU